UAAACAUCCCGCUGAGGACAAGGAAAACAGUUCUCAUGAAACUCGCACGUCUGGUAACAAAUUUAAUAACUUAAAAAGUUGUGAAGUUUAAGCUUGAAGCUUUUGAGUAGUUCGUCGACCAUGUUCGCGACGGAAGGCCAAGACAAAUGUAUGACGGUUCCUCCACCAACCUCAUUGUCUUCUUUCACUGCCGCUAUAUCUGCACUCUUGGCAGUCGUGACUGUUCCUUGCAACGUUUUGGUGUGUCUUGUCAUUCUUAAAUGUCCACCCCAGUUUAAAAACUUGCGUACACCAUUCACAUAUUUCAUCGUCAACCUCGCCAUGACCGACGUUCUUGUCGGAAUAACAACAGAACCUAUGUCAGUGGUGUAUCACCUCAUGGAAGCUCGAGCUCUUUCUUCAACAAGUUUUGUCAGGUUACUGCAUUUGCUGUACUUUUUGCCUUGCACUGUCUCCGUUCUAAGCAUCAUGGCGCUUACCUUCGAGCGAUUCUUCGCGAUCGCAAAACCCUUAAAAUACAGACGAAAUGUGAACCAUUUCAGAGUAUUCGUGGUUUCGGGAAUGAUAUGGAUUUUAUCGCCCGUGUUUUUAAGUCCUUAUUUCGCAAUGGGCUAUCGCACCUUUUCGUUUCUAUUUGCCAACGUCGUGAUUUUGGUCACUCUGUGCUCUCUCCUUUACGCUUAUUUCAAAAUUAUCAAGACUAUCCAAAGCAGGAAAAAACUCCGGCAAGAAACACUUCGAGGAUUCUGCUUUGCGAAUCAGAAAGCAACAUUAUUCGAGGAAAAAUUGACUUCCACGUUUACUUGCAUCCUGAUCCUAUUCACUAUCUGCUACGCGACACCUUGCCUUCUAAUAUACAUCAUGAAUUUAUGUACAAACUGCUCAUGCGAGGCAAUCCACUGGUUGAGGGACACAUCAUUUCUCUGCGUCAUCUGCAAUUCUGCCAUCAACCCAUUCCUGUACGCAUGGCGUCUUCCCAGUUUCCGCAAAGGGCUGAGGUUUAUGAUGCUUGGAAUCAGUAGAAAAUCUUCGCUACCUAAGAACAGCACACUGAAUGGCGCUUUCAACAAUAGAGCAUCCAGCCUCACUUUUCAUUACGAGCCUUCAAGAUCGCCACAUUAGUGGGCGGAAUUAGACCUUACUCCAAAAUGGCGCCCGGAAUUGAUUAUUUUUCAAAUCAUGAGAAAAAACGUCCUCAAUGCAAAGAACAUACGCAACAACAAUAAAAUAACACUGAAAAUCUGAAGAUAGUGCAUCUAGCAUUAUCAUAUUUGUUCGUUAAUUUAAAGCAGGUUAUUUAAAAGCCUGUUCAGAGACAGCUUUCCCCCAAUGUGCCUUCCGGAGCCAUACAGGAAACGGUGGACACUUACAACACGUACGCACGGUUAAAAACAACUAGGACAAGGCAGUGCAAACUCACGUAAUUCUACAGCCUUAACAAAACAAUGCGGGAUGGGAUAUAAAAUUCCUCUCGUCAUCGAUA